AGAAAAAAAAAAAGAUAAAGCCAGAGAGAGAGAGAGAGAGAGAGGUUCCUUUCCUAUUGUCACUUACAGAGAGAGAAACCUCCUUCCUCCGUCUCCCUGAGCCUCCCCCCUACCCCCUACAUUCUCACUUCCGUCGUCAGUUACCUCCGUCUCCUCCCUCUCAACAGAAUAUUAAUUGAGUUUUUUUUUCCCGGUAAGCAUUUUGGAUGGGAGCGGAAGAAUCUGAAUCUGAAUCCGAUCGGAGGAGCGUUUGAGAUUUUUUUGCUAUGGGGAAGAAUAGCGACGAGGAGCACAACAAUCUCCCUCGCGACGGAGAUAAUACGGUUAGGAACAACGAAGGAGGAAACGGAUGCUCUUGCUGUUCUGCUCGGAUCUCUAGAUGCUUUAGUCUCAGAUGCGUUUUGAUUCUCGCUUUCUCCGCUGCUGUGUUCCUCUCCGCCGUGUUUUGGCUACCUCCAUUCCUCGGAUUCUCAGAUCCUCGGGAUCUGGAUCUCGAUCCAAGGUUCAAAGAUCACAGAAUAGUGGCGAGUUUUGAUGUUGAGAAACCAGUUUCCUUCUUGGAAGACAAUUUGUUGCAGCUUGAGAAUGAUAUCACCGAUGAAAUCAGCGUUCCCAUGAUCAAGGUUGUGGUAUUAACGCUUGAACGUUUGGAAAAUCUGAACAGAACAAUGGUUGUUUUUGCAAUCGACCCCGAGAAGAAGAGUUCCAAGAUACCUUCCGAAAUCGAAAGUCUGAUCAAGGCAGCUUUUGAAACCCUGGUUGAAAAGGAGUUGUCUUUCCGCUUGACUGAGUCUUUAUUCGGGCAACCCUUCCUUUUUGAAGUGCUGAAAUUCCCAGGAGGAAUCACUGUGAUCCCUUCCCAUCCUGUAUUCCCUUUGCAGAAAGCGCAGCUUCUCUUCAACUUCACAUUGAACUUUUCGAUUUACCAAAUUCAAUCUAACUUCGAGGAACUCACUAGCCAGCUUAAGAAGGGUAUAAAUCUGGCUUCUUAUGAGAACUUGUACAUAACCUUGUCAAAUUCCAGAGGCUCAACGGUGGCGCCUCCUACUAUAGUUCAUUCUUCUGUUCUGCUCACAUUCGGUAUCUCAUCGAGGUUGAAACAGCUUUCUCAAACCAUCACUGGCUCCCGUUCGAAAAACCUCGGCCUGAACCACACCGUAUUUGGUAAGGUUAAGCAAGUCCGUCUUUCCUCAGUCUUGCCACGUUCACCCGUCCAAUCAUUACCCCCUUCCCCUUCUCCUCAACCUGAAACCCACCACCACUACUACCAUCAUCAUCAUCAUCACCACCAUCAUGAACUUGCUCCAGAACCUGCACCUGCAGCUAAGAGCUUUGCACCAGCAUCUGCGCCAACCAAACACUUACAUUUACACCGGAGAAGCCCACCUCCUUGCCCUUACGAGCAGAGGAGACCAAAAGGAAACAAUGGUCUGAACCAUCACACUGCUACACCAACGCCUGCACCACACCGGUCUAAGCAACACGCACCGGCACCAAGUCGGUCUAAGCAACACGCACCAGCACCAAAUCGGUCUAAGAAACACGCACCAGCACCAAACCGGUCUAAGCAACACGCAUCAGCACCAAACCCUACCCCGCCAAGUCAUCAUCAUGCUAUUCCAGUAUCGAGUCCACUCCCCCACGUCGUAUUUGCUCAUAUCCCACCUCCAGCGAGAAACACCCCGGAAACAGGACCAACCGGUGGGACAACUCCCGCACCUUCUCCCACUCCAUCUUCAGCGAGCAUAGGUCCAACCUUAAAAAAUGCAUCAACGAAGCUGCUUGUUGUAAUAGUAGCCGUUGUAAUCAUCUGGCUGUAGAAAAAAAAGGCGCCGGAAGAAACUGCUUUAAACGCUCAAGCUGUAAAAAAGAAGAAGCAGCAGUUCGUAAAAGCAGAACACAUCCGGUUACAACAUCCCACGGUAAUUGUAUAAAGGAACACAAGUCCAAAAAGAAAAUGUAUGUAUGGAAAAAUGAAGAGAGUUUUUGUAAAAGAGUUGUUGAGGUUUAAGCAACACAAAAGUGCGUCUUGCCACCUGACAUCCGAGAAAAAAAAGAAACAAAACUUAUAUAUAAAAAUCUCUGUUUUUGUAUAUAAAA